AUGAAGACACUGGCGAAGCGCACAUCCUUCGAGUCCUGCCUCCAGAUGCUGCUGAACGGCCUCUUGAACACUACCCUGACGCCUGCGUGGAUGCACGUUCAGGAUGCCAUCAACAAGAUCCCUGGCGUUGAGUCAGCGGAGACAGAACUCAAGCAGGCUGAGUCGCUGACCAGGUCGAGUCAGGUCAAGGCAGUGGGGAGCAGGUUGAACAUCUGUUCCCAGAGUAAUGGACUCUCUGGGUCAUGGCCGAUGUCUCUGAGCCUUGACGGAAGGCCUCCUCAAGAUCCUGAUCUCAGUCAAGUGGAGGCUGGACCAAACAAUGGACCUGUUGCAAAUCCUUCAUUCUUGGAGUAA